AAUUAUAUGUUUAAAAUGCGUUUUCGCGAGUUGAUUGUCGUUUAUCUGUUUCAUUAUGUGCAUUGUUUUAGUAGAAAUGCAAGUUAUCUAAAGCCAAUAAAUGUCGAGUCACUACCUGAUUAUUUCGAUUGGAGGGAAAAACAUGCAGUGUCUCCCGUAAAAGAUCAGAAGGACUGUGGAGCAUGUUGGGCAUUCAGUGCCGUCGCCAAUAUCGAGAGUCACGUCAAAAUAUACCUUGAAAAGGAGGUCGUGUUGUCCGAGCAGUUUUUAAUUGACUGUGAUGUGGAGAGAACGGGAUGCAAAAGCACUACUGUCUUGAAAACAUUUGCUGAAAUCGUGUCAAAAUUUGGUGGAGUUCUUCAAGAAUCAGACUACUAUCCUUAUUCGGACCGUGCUGAGAAUUGCCGAUGGGAUGGAAAUAAUCCAAAACCACUGCCAGUUGUAGGUUACCGAAGAGUGUUGCCUGACGAAGCAGUUAUGGCGGAAUAUUUGUACCAAUAUGGACCGCUUUCAGCUGCAAUGAAUUCAGCAUCAAUGCACAACUACACACCUGGAACGAUCGACGAGCCAACUGAAGAUCUCUGCUCGACAACACCUGACGCCCUCGAUCAUGCUGUUUUGAUUGUCGGAUAUAGUACAUAUGUGAGUAAAAGGGGCCGGAAAACUCCAUACUGGAUUAUCAAGAACUCAUGGGGUAGUGAAUGGGGAGAUAGUGGGUAUUACUAUCUUGUGCGUGGGCGAAACGCGUGUGGUAUUUCUAACGAUGUGUCAUUUAGUAUCGUUAACUAAAGAUAUUUUUCAAAAGUAAUACAGGUAACAAAGUUUUUAUUAAAUUAAAAUACCAUGACUUUUUUCAUUACAGCCCUAAUUAAUACUCUAAGAAUUUAGGUGAUAUACACACGACACUUCAAAAAUGACUAAUUACCACAAUUUGUGUUUUCUUUUAAUGACUCAAAAUUUAUUAAUGUUGGUAUGGUAUUUCCGAUAGUGUUGUCUGUUUAAAAGUAUGUUAUAAAACAAAUAUUAUAAUAUUGUAUGAAGCCUUACUGCUCACAUCUCUGGGCUGGUAUUAAAAAUUUAGCAAAAGGUUUGUCGAAUUAUCUAUCUCCUAAUGUAUUACUGAUCAGUUUGAUGCUCUCUCUCUGUCAACUCAGUCAUUACGUCUCUUUGUGUUUUUUACAAAGUACGAUGAGUGUUUUGAAGAAUUGAAAAGAAUAAAAAAAUACAGUGAAAAGUCAUGUAAUGUCCCUCGAUUAAACGACAUACAGCCUAAAGCGUCGAAAUCACUCGGA